UCGCGGUUUGUCCUGUCAUCAAAUCUCCGCUUCGUUACCUGUAGCUUGUUUAUAUUUAGUUCAUGUUCAUGCAUUUGACUGUUUAACUAAACAGGUAUUGUCAGUGGUAUUUGACGAUACCUUGACAUGACACAGGUCACCAUGGUUUCCUUUUUCUCAAAAGUAAAAGAGCGCGUCGAUACUUUUCUGAAUGAGAAGAACUUUGUAACCGAUUUCCUCAACAAAGUCGAAGAAAAGACGGGAAUUAAGAAGCGUUUACUUGUCAUAGGAACUGCCGCUGCAACAGGACUGUAUUUACUGUUUGGAUAUGGAGCCUCUCUGAUCUGCAACUUGAUUGGCUUUGUUUACCCUGCAUACUAUUCCAUUAAAGCUAUUGAGAGUCCAAACAAAGAUGAUGACACACAGUGGCUAACUUACUGGGUGGUGUAUGGAGUCUUCGGCGUGGGGGAAUUCUUCUCAGACAUCUUCCUGUCCUGGUGUCCUUUCUACUAUCUGUGCAAAUGUUUGUUUUUGCUAUGGUGCAUGGCUCCAGUACCCUGGAAUGGCUCUCAGGUGUUGUAUAGGCGUUUGGUGCGACCGCUGUUCCUCAAACAUGAAGCCACUGUGGACAGCAUGGUUUGCGAUCUGAACGGGAAGGCCAUAACAACUGUAGAACAUGUCACCAGAGAGGUUCUUCAAACUCUGGUGCGAAGCAGGACUAUUCAUCCAGCUGAGCCAGCUGCCAAAGAGCUUCCUGGCCCCUCAAAUGAACCCAAGGUAGACUGAACUUGUCGCAAGCUUCCAAUUCCAAAGUCACAGGAUGGGAUGGGAUGAGAUCAGCAGGACGUCGGUAGAUGAUGCUAUAAUGAGCAUAUGCAGGUUACUUGAAGUAUGUUUAUAUAAUACCGAUGAAGGAAAACAAGAGAACGACAUCAUUUUAGCAUUGGUUUGCACACAUUUAAUUGGUUUUCACCUUGAAGUAGUGUCAUUUUAGUCUUAACUGUUAAUUUGUAUUGCUCCGAAAUAGUAAGUUUCCAGAAAACCAAGACUUUUGUUGUAAUCUAUGCUCAAUUCACGCGCACCAUUUUCAUUUUAAUUAAUUGAUAUUUCAGUUCAUUUAGAUGCGUUUUCCUGUCAGAAUAAUUAGCUUUGGUGAUAACUGUAAACAUUAUUUAUCAUUCAAAUAACUCUUG